CCAGUGCUUGAGUGGUUUCGACCAUGGAAAACUAAAGUGAGGCUUGACAUCUUUCAUUACAUGAGACGAUUCACAACCGGUCUCACCACAGAACAUCAUCCUCUUUAUGGAACUUUCUGCUCCAAGCUGUCCUGCUGCAUUUUUGAAUGGGAUCAAGAUGAUGUCAGCUGCCUUAAAGAAGCAAAGAGGUCAGAGCUGAAGAAAAAAUAUACUGGUCAUCCUCCCACUGACGCCCAAGUUUUGGCCAACAUUAAUUCGAGUGAGCUUGCUAAACAUUGCAGAAGAAGGACAAGAGGGGUAGAAGAAACCCGGAACCUCAUUCAGGAAUUAUUAAACUCCAUGUGGGAACUGACUGACACCUCAGGUCUCCGCCUGAUCAACCCUGAGAGCAUGACUCAUGUGUGGCAAGUGCAGCAGAAGCACCUGCCAUGCAUCCAAGAUCCACCUGGUGUUGAACUGUACACCAAGCUUCGCUCAACACAAAAGGGAGACAAAGAAGUUCAAACCUUCAGAUGUAGCAGGGGCUCGUCUUCAGUUGAAAGCUUUCAUCGACACCAGUGCUCCUUCAUACCAGGAUGGAGAAGCAAUGCCAUGCACACUCAAAUGUAUAUGCUUGAGGGUGGAUCCAGAUGGAACAUGAAAAGAACCCAAGAAGCUUUAGAUAUGAGUCGCAGAUCGCACAGUAAACUCUAUGAUGUUCGUCUGAUGUCCAACCUCAACACUCUGAGCAACAAAGUGCUGGGUCAUGCCCUCUUGCCAGAGUUUGUUCCCCCAGGCUGUCCCACAGGUGAGCGGAUUGCUGUGGAGUAUCUUCUUGCACAGUCAGACAGAGGAGACCUCUUAGGUCCCCAGCAGGACAGCGAACUGGGAGUUAUUUUGCCAGAGAUGCCAGCUAACGCUCAGGAGGACAGUCCUGAUGUCACCAUCAGUGACGUCACUGACAUUCUCUCAGAGAGCCCCCACGACAUCCUACAGUGUGAAAGCCAGUUGGAAAUGCCAUCCCCUAACAUUCUUUUUCUCCAGGAAGAAUCUUCUCCCAUGUCAUCUCAGGAAACCAGUAUCGACUCAACCCCUGCCUCUCCCACUCAUGCUGCUGCUUCAGUCGGAGGUCAGCUUACUGAUGACCACUCCUUUAGUGGACCAAGUAGCUGUUCCCAGGUGGACCAAGUAUCCCAGGAGACCCGGUGUGACUACAGAGGUUUUCCUGGAUGGGAGGCAGUUGACAGCUUGGCAGAGUACCUUUUGAGCCUCAACAGAACAAUAACUGCAUUGUCAACAACAGAGGUAGAAAAUGUCUUGCAGCUGUAUUCUAACCUGCAUGCUAUGGACAAGCAGCCUGCCAAAUACACCUUAAAAACCAAGAAGAGCACGUUACCAGGACCUUGGAGGGCUUCCCGGAAACGAAGUGGCUCUGCACCUGGUCAGCAAGCAGCUGAAAGACUCUUCAUGACCCAUGGCCAGGCUGCCCAGAGACCUGACGCAAACAGAGUGUCUGAGUGCGUUUGCCUCAAGCUGUUGAAAGAAUAUCAGCAAGCAAGAAACCGACCAAAAGACAGCAAGGGGAAGGUUUUACCCAUCCCACAAUCUAUUGUUCAAACGUACUGCCACUUUAAACAACUACUUGAGGACUCCAGGCCCAUACAGGACCAGACCAACUUGUUGUUGGUCACCAUCAACAAUACCACUGUGUGUGCUUGGCUACAUGAGCGGCAGAAGAGAACAGACAGGGACACUCUUCUCCAAGGUGUGAAUCUUCCUCCGAAGGUGUCCGUGGCUGACGCCUCCUUUCCAGAAGCGAGACAGCUCCCCUCCCUUCCUGUGGAACAUGGACAUAAAAGCAUGGAGUUUAAGGAACCUGAAAACAGAGAAGGCGAGGCACUGAUCCGUCAACGGGUUGGUGGUAAAGCUGGCUCCGCCCAGCAAUGUCCUCCUUCAUACCAGCCAGGACUCUUUUCACAGGCCCCAGUUCCUGCCAGCUUCCUGUGUCCACAGACUAACCAGCCACCAUCAUCUGCUUGGUCCUACUGUGAGCAGAACCAGAUGCCACAAGCGCCAUCCACUUCUUUGGGUUUCUGCUACGGUCCACCAGCUCCAGUUUUGACCUCAUUUGGACAAGGACAGUUCCCACCCCUGCCAUCUCCUCUGGGUCCAUUAUAUCAGUACUAUAGACCACCACUUCACUCAUCAAUCCCAGCAGCUGCUGCUGGUUCAGCAUCAUCAUCACCAUCAGAUCAGGCUCCAGCCAACAUGAAUCGCUACAGGAAGUGGAGACAGAAUAGGGCAGAAUUAGAAGACCAGGAACGCCUGGCAAGAGGGGAGCCUCCCAAAAAGCGCCAAUGGAAGCAGGACUACCACUACCAGUGUUCAGUUUGUGGCCAGGCGAAAAACAAACGCACUGGCCAUACACAGAUUAAGGGAAAAUGGUACUGUCCAGCCUCUGGACAGACCAUUUUGGAAUGGAAAGAGUCUCUUGGGAAGCAGUGACUGUUUGAAAGAUUUUCUUUUUAGUUUUCAUCUUUUAAUAUCUCAUCAUUUUUGUUCUCUCUGUUGCUAUCUGUAUGUUUUUAGUGAGCCUUUAGGUGCUGCUUUAUACAUGUUGAGGUAUAUUGUUAGUCCUCUGUGAAUGUAGUUGUGUAAGAGUGAAUAAAUGUCACUGAUCAUUUA